UAAUUUACGAUACGAGACAAUGACAUAUCUUAGUUCCUUGUCGUAUUUUCAGCUAUCUACUUGUAUUGAUAUUGUAUAAUGGUUAAAAUGUGGCCAGUUUUUACAUUGUGUUUUGGGUUUUAUUUACAGAUCUUACUUGGUGUGUACCUGGUUGAAGCUAAAGUAUCAGAAUGCAAGGAGAAAGUCGCUGACGUCGUGUUUGUACUCGAUUCGUCAGACAGCAUUUGGCCGACCGAUUUCACGAAACAACUUGACUUUGUAAAGAACGUAGUCAAUACUUUUACAAUCGGUCCGAAUAACAUCCAAGUCGGCGUUGUUACAUUCGCCACUCGCAUUAAACCCAACUUUAAGUUCAACACCUACAAAGAUAAAAAACAACUACUCGCCGCCAUUAAUUCCAUCGAUCGCGUGGAUGGAGGAACGAAUACAGGAGCUGCCAUACAAUAUGUCCGCGAAGAAAUGUUCAAAGGGGAAAAUGGCGCCAGAAAAUGGGCGGCAAAGAUUGUAGUUUUGAUAACAGACGGCUUUUCACAAGAUACCAAAAAGACUCUUUUGGAAGCCUCCAUUGCUCAUAGUUAUGACAUCAAGGUAUUUGCUAUCGGAGUAGGUGGUGGAGUAGACUCCCAGGAAUUGGAUGGUAUUGCUAGUGAACCAACAGAACAACAUAUAUUCCGUGUAGAGAAUUAUAAAGCUUUAAAUCAUAUUAAACAUUCCUUUACUGGUACAACCUGUGACAUUCCCGUCAAUGAUCAGGCACCCAAUGACAAACCAGGAACAGGCGACCCGGAUGACCCAAAGACAACUUGUGGGGGUAAACCAGCUGAUGUCUUGUUCCUCCUCGACUCCUCCAGCAGUAUCUGGAAGCCAGAUUUUCAGACACAGUUGGAAUUCGUCAGACAAGUUGUGGACAAGUUUGAUUUGGGUACCAACAAGACACGAGUGGGUGUUAUUACCUUCAGUGAUGGCGUACAUCCCGUUAUUCCUCUCGAUUCCUACAAACAAUCAGAAUUUAAUGCCAAGUUGAUGAAGAUACCUUACCUUACCGGUGGUACUAGCACCGCUGCCGCCAUUAAAUUCGUUCGCCGGGUCGGUUUCUCGGGAGAUAACUCUAGACCGGAAGUAGCACGUGUUGCUAUAGUGAUCACGGACGGCCAAUCAAGACAUUUAUUUGAAACUGUAGAAGAAUCAAGACAAGCUCAUAAAGAAGGAAUCUAUGUUUUUGCUGUUGGUGUAGGACGAGAUGUAGAUGACGAGGAGAUGAUGUCCAUAGCUAGUGACCCGGAUGAAAAUUUUGUAUUUCGUGUUGAUGAUUACAAGGGUCUAGCUAAGAUUGAAAAAUUGCUUGCUGUGAAAACAUGUGGAGUACAAGUAAAGCACGUGGCGUUAUCAGAUCAACCAGUUUGCAGAAUAAAUCGUUUAACAGACUUGGUGUUCGUGAUGGAUUCUUCUAGUCUCGGUCAUGACCACACCCAAAUAGCUUCAAAGACAAUUGCCAAGAUAACUAGUCAGUUUCCUAACGAUAUCUCCAUUAAUACGGGAAUUGUGAAAGAAAAAUGUCCGGAUGAUGGUUAUUUAGAUUUAAACUCCUAUCAUAGAACAAAUUGGUUCAUCAACAGACUGAGAACAGACGACGAGGCAGGGUUAUCGCCCUUAUUACACCACGUUCGUCGUCAUAGUUUCAGAACGUCAAAUGGCGCGAGAAGAGAUUCCGAGAAAAUCGCCGUUCUGUUCGUGGAUAGUGAGCUAUUAAGAAAGGACGCAGCUGUAUUAGAAGCAAGGAGACUCAAAUUUCAAAAUGUGAAAAUAUAUACGAUAGCUAUCGGUGCAACUUACAGUGACAGGACAUUGACGGAAUUGUCUUCCUAUCCCGACGAUCAUUACGUCAUCAGAUUUCCUUCGUAUGAAGUGAUGUUACAAGAGAACCGGAAAAUUACCGACAGAAUCUGUCAAGGUCACUGAUGGACAGGUGACAAUUGAACACCUGAAGAAACUAUCAUACAUCUAUUUGAUUCAAUCUGUGAAAAUCUGAGAAAAACACAAUUAACAUCUUUCUACCUGUUGGUGAAAACUGUGUAUAUACACACCAACUUCUAUACCAAAUAUAAAUCUUUUGUUUUGUGUCCUCAUCAUUUUGUCUGCAUUUUUCCGGUUUUUUGUUUGGAUCUGUAUAUUUUUCAAAGUCCUUCGCCAAGGCAGCGUCAUUUAAUCAAGCGUUUUAUUUAUAAAUCCGUUAUUUCGUGCCCAAUGCCCUUGUCAGUGGCGCAGGAUGGAGGGUCUGACAAGGACAGCUUUCUAGUCCUUCGGAUGGGACGAAAAACCGAGAUCCCGUGUAUACAUUGGCAUGUACGUAAAAGAUCCCAUGGCAAUUGACAUUCGAUAUAAGAGUACGCCAUAGUGGCGCAUGCCCGUCUUCAAUAGCCCAGUCGGAGCAGAACAGUAGGAUGUUAAACCCCAUUUUUAUUUCAUUUCAUUUCAUUUCGUGCCUAAUUAAUUAAUCAUUAUUAAUUAACUUUAUUUAUUGAUAUAUUAUGUAUUGAAAUCCAAUCAUUCUCAUCCUUCUAGUCAAAACAACAUUUUCAAAAUAAAAUGAUCAUUUCUCGACUCAAAGUGAAGUAAUUUGACUGAAAUUUUCAGUAUAUUCCCUUUACAUUAUCUGCUGUUUAACUAAUAUAACGCGAACUGUCAGCUCUUCAUCUAAUCGUUUAUAAUGCCCCUUUUAUCGUUGUACAUGUGAUUGGUGGGCAAUCUUUUCAACAUUAUUAUUGUUUUGCCUCUUUUAGGUAUUGGGUGGACCUACGUCCCCCUCCUCCAUCGUCGCCCAGGUAGCCAGGGAGUUGUCAAUUGGGGAUUUAUUUAUUUAGAGAUUGUUUAAAGGGUUAACCCGGGGAUUCGUGUGUCGGCAAGAAGUGCCAUGGGUUUCAGGUAUUCAUUGAUACAUAACUUAAAUCAUUUCAAUCAAUCUGUUUAAAAUACAGAUCUAUAUUUCGUUUCGUUUUUUUUAUACCUUCGAUGGCCUACACUACAUGAAGAUCUGAUCAGUUGUAGUGGAAAGGUCGCGUUAGGGGUCAUGCGAGCGGCAUUUGACCUUAUGAUGUCAGACAUUGAUUAAUCAAUCAGCAUUGACGUUUCUAGUGGUUUACCCACAGUGACAAGGACUAUAAAAAACGAAACGAAACAGGAUCUGCGUUUUAAUCAGAUUGUUAAUUCAAUAUUAACAGAGUUUAUGCUCAAAUGUUUAAUUUCAUCUGAUUUUAGUCAAGUAUUGUAGAAACCCAUUAUUAUUGUACGGGUCUCCGGUUUUAUUUUAAUUCAUGUCUUUAUCUUGUUUCUGCUAUUAUUUACUGUGAUAAUUAUUUAUGCUUUUUGUUUAUUUUUAUAAAAUAAAAUCUCCUGGA